GCAGCUCCGGGAGAAACAAGUCCCGUCCCCGGUCUCUGCCGCCCCCUGGGGAGUGACGCAGGGCCAGCGGGGGAAACCCAGGCGUCCGGACUCCCAGACCCUCCCCCCUGCUCUAACCACUAGUCCCCCUCCCCUCCCAGAGCCGGGGAGAGAACCCAGGAGUCCUGCAGCAGGGGAAGGGUUAAACCCGUCCCACACAGGCCCCGCCCAUCUGACGUCAGCCCCCAGGCCACGCCCCUUUGGUACUUUCAUUCAAGAUGGUGGCUGGUUCCUUGUGACAGGCUCUCCCCCCCCCCAUUGCCUCCCCCCAUGCGGCGCUGCUCGGACUCCUCCUGCCCCAUCUCCAAUGGCCUGCGCGUGGAGGGCCCGGUGCCCAUGGAGCCGCCCCGGGGGGCGGCGCCGGACGAGAGCCCCGCAGCUGAGGCGGGCCCGGCCGCCGGCACCGGCACCGUCAAGGUCUAUCUGCCCAACCAGCAGCGCACCGUGGUCAACGUGCGGCCGGGAGCCACCGUCUACGAUGCCCUGGACAAAGCGCUGAAGGUGCGAGGGCUGAACCAGGACUGCUGCGCGGUGUAUCGGCGCCUGGGCGGGACGAAGCUGCUGACCGCCUGGGACACAGACAUCACCCCACUGGAGGGGCAGGUUCUCUACGUGGAGGUGCUGGACGAGGUGCCACUCACCAUGCACAACUUUGUCCGUAAGACGUUUUUCAGCCUGGCCUUCUGCGACUUCUGCCUCAAGUUCCUCUUCCACGGCUUCCGCUGCCAGACGUGCGGCUACAAAUUCCACCAGAACUGCAGCAGCCGCGUGCCCAGCGUGUGCGUGGCCCUGGGAGCGGCCCACUGCCCGAUUUACAGCCACGAUCCCUACCCCGACGCGCAGGGGCAGGAUUCCCCCUCGGCCCGGCCCGGCCUGGCCCCCCUAACGCCGCAACCCACCAGCUCCCGCCAGCAGUGUCUUGGCCCCGACGCCUUCAGCUUCCCGGACCCCCCCGGCGGGGGGCAGCCCCUCCAGCGCCACCGCUCCACCUCCACCCCCAACGUGCACAUGGUCAGCACGGCCGAGCCCGGGGACGCCGCCAGCCUGCAGAUCGCGGCCAUGAGCUUCCACACAGACGGUGAGAACCCCCGUGGUUUGGAGGCGCCGGCUCACUCCACUCUCUUUGCCCAGCGCCAGGUGGGGGGGAAGGGUCUCCCCCAGGUCCCAGCCCCCCCCAGGAGCCUUCCGGGCGCCAGGGCCCCCUCCAAGUCGCCCCCGCAGCCCCCCAAGGAGCGGAAGGGGUCGGCGUCGUCGGCCGAGGACAAGAAGAAGGUGAAGGCCCUGGGCUACCGGGACUCGGGCUACCAGUGGGAGGUGCCCCCGCACGAGGUGAUCCUGCUGCGCCGGGUGGGAGCCGGCUCCUUCGGCACCGUCUACCAGGGCCGCUGGCACGGCCACGUGGCCGUGAAAAUCCUCAAGGUGACGCAGCCCACGGCCCAGCAGGUGCAGGCCUUCAAGAACGAGAUGCAGGUACUCAGGCGGACGCGUCACGUCAACGUGCUGCUGUUCAUGGGGUUCAUGACGCGGCCGAGUUUCGCCAUCAUCACCCAGUGGUGCGAGGGCAGCAGCCUGUACCGGCACCUCCACGUCUGCGAGACCCGGCUGGACGCCCCCGCCCGCACCGAGGUGGCGCGCCAGACGGCCCAGGGCAUGGAUUAUCUUCAUGCCAAGAGCAUCAUCCACCGGGACCUGAAAUCCAACAACAUCUUCCUGCACGAGGGGCUGACGGUGAAGAUCGGUGACUUCGGCCUGGCCACGGUGAAGACGCACUGGAGUGGGGCCCGCCGGGUCGAGCAGCCCCGGGGCUCCGUGCUCUGGAUGGCGCCCGAGGUGAUCCGCAUGCAGGACAGCAGCCCCUACAGCUUCCAGUCCGACGUCUACGCCUACGGGGUGGUUCUGUUCGAGCUCACCACGGGGAGCCUCCCCUACGGGCACGUCCGCAGCCGCGACCAGAUCCUGUUCAUGGUGGGCCGGGGGUACCUGUCCCCUGACAUGAGCCGGGUGCCCAGCACCUGCCCCAAGUCCCUGAAGAGACUCAUGAUGAACUGCCUGAAAUUCAACCGAGACGAGAGACCCCUCUUCCCCAAGAUCCUGGCCACAGUGGAGCAGCUGCAGCGCCUCCUCCCCAAGCUGGAGCGAAGCAUGUCGGAGCCCUCCCUGCACCGCGCCUCCCACACCGACCCCUGCGGCUCCUCCCCCCCGUCGCCCCUGCGCCCCCUGGCCUAGCCCAGGCAGACGGACGCCCCCGGUGCCAGGAGCUGCCACUGCUCCGAGCCUCCCCCAGCUUGGGGACCCAGGUGUCCGGGAGCAACUGUCGGAGAGGGGGGAGCUUCUCCCCCCACCCAAACCCCAGGGCCAGCAUCGCCCCAGAGGAACGUCCAUUGUCUGGAGAUCGAUGUGUGACACCUCCCACCCCACCUCGCCCCGCCCCAGAGGUGGCUGCAUCCCAGCAUCAGCUGAGCCGGCCGUUCUAUGCAGCCGUUCCUGGCUGCCCCGCCCCAGAGGUGGCUGCAUUAAGGGCGACCCGUGGGCUGUUAAAUCUCUGUUUUAAUAUAUCGGUCUCUGGU